ACUGCGUAGAAGCCCACUUUCCUCUGUUCAACUUCAGACAUGGCGUGCUAACAUCGAAACUGCAAUCAGUAGUUCCUGUGGUGUUAUUCCUAUGGAAACGGAACUUAUCGAAAAGAUGCCUUGCCAUAAUAACCAGCAGCUAAAAAACACAGAGAGUCCCGAACACGCCGGGAAGCACGUCCGCUUUGCCCGCAGCAGCAGCGUUGAAGAGUCCUGUCCAGACGACAAAGGGCCGUGCCAAAACCAAACCCUGAGCGACAUCCAGGGCCAAAUAGGGCCUCAGUUGAAACUCUUGCCGUUAAAUGACCAAAUACGAGAGCUUCAGACUAUCAUAAGGGACAAAACUACCAGUAGAGGUGAUUUUGUGUUUUGUGCUGAUAGAUUGAUAAGGUUAGUGGUGGAAGAAGGUCUCAAUCAGCUUCCAUACAGUGAAUGCACUGUAACUACGCCAACAGGACAUAAAUAUGAUGGCGUGAAGUUUGAAAAGGGAAACUGUGGUGUUAGUAUCAUGAGGAGUGGUGAGGCCAUGGAGCAGGGUCUGAGGGACUGCUGCAGGUCUAUUCGUAUCGGUAAGAUUCUGAUCCAGAGCGACGAGGAGACACAAAAGGCCAAAGUUUACUAUGCAAAAUUUCCUCCUGACAUCAGCAGAAGGAAGGUCCUGCUUAUGUACCCCAUCCUCAGUACAGGAAACACUGUAAUAGAAGCUGUGCGGGUGUUGAAUGAACAUGGCUUGCAGGCUAAACACAUUAUCCUACUAAGCCUCUUCUCCACUCCACAUGGUGCACAGUCGAUUAUUCAGGAAUUUCCUGAUAUCACUAUACUGACAACUGAAGUUCACGCUGUUGCACCGACGCACUUCGGCCAGAGGUAUUUUGGCACAGACUGACCCCACCAUCUAACUUGAUUUCAGCUGAAGCAGCUUGUGUGUUUAUCAUCCAUCCUUGGCUUGACCAGCCCACAAAGAGCUUUUUCCUCUGUAUUUUUAUUGGUUAUACAUAUAUAAAAUGUUUAUGAAAGAUCA